AUGGGUUUUGGUGGUAACUCAAGAUCUAUAAGAUUUCAAGAGGAUCCAGAAGUAGCAAAGCCACAAGUUGUUCAAGGAGAUUCUUCCAUUAAACUCAAGUUCAGUAUCAAUGGAACUCAAAUCCCUUUUAUCAAGAACGUAAAGAUGAUGAGUAGAGGCAAGUCCUUGAAAGCUAAAGUACUCUCAAGAGUGUUCUCUGAAGACCUUGAGAGAGUGAAAACCAAAAUACUCGAUCCUCGCGGACAAACGAUAAGAAGAUGGAACAAGAUCUUUCUCAUAGCAUGCCUUGUUUCUCUGUUUGUGGAUCCUCUGUUCUUCUUCUUACCGGUCAUGAGGAAAGAAGCUUGUAUCACCAUUGGUAUCAGGCUCGAAGUGGCUCUCACACUAAUCAGAUCUCUGGCUGAUGCUUUUUACAUUGCUCAGAUUCUUAUACGUUUUAGAACAGCUUACAUAGCUCCUCCUUCUCGAGUUUUCGGUAGAGGAGAGCUUGUGAUUGAUUCAAGAAAGAUUGCUUGGAGAUAUCUCCAUACAAGCUUCUGGAUUCAUAUCAUUGCUGCUUUACCUUUACCUCAGGUGUUGAUUUGGAUUAUCAUCCCAAACCUAAGAGGCUCACCAAUGACAAACACCAAGAACGUUCUUAGAUUCAUCAUCAUCUUCCAGUAUCUUCCAAGGAUGUUUCUUAUAUUCCCUCUCUCUCGCCAGAUCAUUAAAGCCACUGGUGUUGUCACAGAGACCGCUUGGGCUGGAGCAGCCUACAACCUCAUGCUAUAUAUGCUUGCAAGCCAUGUUUUAGGAGCUUGUUGGUAUUUGCUUGCAGUAGAGAGGGAAGAAGCUUGUUGGAGACAUGCUUGCAACAUGGAGAAACCGAUUUGUCAAUACAGAUUCUUCGAGUGCACAAGACUUGAAGAUCCGGAGAGGAGUUCUUGGUUUCAGUGGAGCAAUAUAACAAGGAUAUGCGAACCGGGAACUAGGUUUUACGAGUUUGGUAUAUAUGGAGAUGCUGUGACUUCAACUGUUACUUCAACGAAGUUCAUCAACAAAUACUUUUACUGUCUCUGGUGGGGACUGAAGAACCUCAGCUCUUUGGGACAAAAUCUCUCCACAAGCACUUACGCUGGAGAAAUUCUCUUCGCCAUCAUCAUUGCGACUCUCGGGCUUGUUCUCUUUGCAUUGCUCAUUGGGAAUAUGCAAACAUAUUUACAGUCAACAACAGUGAGACUUGAAGAGUGGAGGAUAAGGAGGACAGAUACAGAGCAAUGGAUGCGUCACAGACAACUUCCUCAAGAGCUAAGAGAAGCCGUGAGAAAAUAUGAUCAAUACAAAUGGUUAGCGACAAGAGGAGUCGAUGAAGAAGCUUUAUUAAUAAGUCUUCCUCUUGAUCUCCGCAGAGAUAUCAAACGCCAUCUCUGUUUCGAUCUUGUUCGCCGUGUGCCGUUGUUUGAUCAAAUGGAUGAGAGAAUGCUUGACGCAAUCUGCGAGAGGCUUAAACCGGCUUUAUGCACGGAAGGUACGUUUCUUGUGAGAGAAGGAGAUCCGGUUAACGAAAUGCUAUUCAUUAUCAGAGGCCAUCUUGAUUCUUACACAACCAACGGAGGCAGAACCGGAUUCUUCAACUCUUGUCUCAUAGGACCGGGAGAUUUCUGCGGCGAAGAGUUGCUUACUUGGGCGUUAGAUCCUCGUCCCGCUGUAAUCUUGCCGUCUUCUACACGGACUGUGAAAGCUAUUUGUGAAGUUGAAGCCUUUGCGUUGAGAGCUGAAGAUUUGAAGUUUGUGGCUUCUCAGUUUAGGAGAUUGCAAAGUAAGCAGCUUAGACAUAAGUUUCGGUUUUACUCGCAUCAGUGGAGGACUUGGGCGGCUUGUUUUGUACAGUCUGCUUGGAGACGGCAUAGGAAGAGGAAGUAUGCGACUGAGCUGAGGGUCAAAGAGGAAUUUCACUGUAGGUUCGAGGAGGCUUUGUCGGCGGUUAGGUUAACGGUAAAGGGCGGGAAGUUUACGCGUAGCGGUUCGGAUUCUGGUAUGAUGUCCUCGAUUCAGAAACCGGUCGAACCGGAUUUUUCAAGUGAAUGA